GCUAACAAUUACACAAAUAAAAAUAAACUUUGUGCAAGUGACAUGUCAGACAAACUGAUCAAUUGCAUUGAAAUUAUUAAUAAAAUAUACUUAGAAAGACAAAAGGAAGUUACUGCUUUUGAUUGUAUGAUAAAGAAAGAAGAAAAUCGUUGUGCCUGUGGUGAUUCUAAGAAUAUUAAAUCAAAUGUGAAUAAUGCACGGCAAUUUAAAUUAAUGGAAGAAUUUAGAGUCUGUACUGUGGAAGCUCAAGCAGCAACAGAAGACAUUCGCGACGAGAUAAGCACCGUUGUCUCAACAUUUAAUUCACGACACCAAAAUUAUGAAGAAUUGAGUAAGAUGGUUACUAAUGUGCAAAGUUACUUGAUAAGAACACGAGAAGGAUUAAUAGAAGCAAUCAGUAGACUAGAAUUACAAGAGGAAGAAAGACUAAGACACAGCGAAAGAAUUGUAAGUGGCAAUCUUAAACUGAAGGAUAUAAAAAAUGAAAUUAAUCAUGUUCAAUCAGAAUUGUCUCGUUGCAUUAAUGGUAUGCAGGAGAAUAUACAGGGAUAUAAUGAAUCCGAAUAUACAGAAGCAUACAUAAACAAUGAUUUACUAACUAUGGUAAUGGAAGAAGUUGAACAAAUAUUGACAAAUUUGCAAUUAUUCCAAACUCAGGGAGGUUGUGUGACAUCAAUAUUAAAAGGAUUAAGAAGUCAGCUGUGUACUAUAGAUAGCUCUUUAAAGGAUUUACAGAAAAAAACCGGUGAAGUGCUAUUGAACAAUGAAAUUGCAAAAACGACAUUCUGUGAAAGGGAAUGCAGGUUGGCUAAAUUCGAAGAAGAAGUCGAUUGUGCACAUACAAAAAUGCAAGAUGUAUUGGAAAUAUUUCUUUCCACAAAACAGGAAGAAAAGGAAGUAAAUGACAUAAUAAAAACGAAAGAAGAUUUACAUAAAUUAAGAAAGGAAUACGACGAUUUAAAACUUAACAUGAUCCAGCAAACAUGUCAAAUGAAAUAUGAUGAAAGAUUAAAUAAAUGGAAAAAUCGUAUGACUGAUUUAGAAGAUCAAAUUCGAAUGUUGCAACAUGAGGCAAAAUGCAAACAAGAAGCAAUUAAUUUUUUAAAAAAUAAUAUUCAAUCUAUAGAGAAGGAACUGAUAACUGCACGAACAAAAGCAGAAAAUUAUAGACAAUGUCAUAGCAAAGAUAAUAUGGAAUUGAAAAAGAAGAUAAUAGAACUAGAAAAUACUAUCAAAACGCAAAAAGAAGUAGAAAAUGAUCUUAAAAAAAAUUUGAAUAAUGUAGCGAAUAUUAAGAAAUCUACAGAAAUCUCAAAUGCUUUUCAUACGGACUGCGGCAUAGAAACAACACUUUUACGUUGUGAUUAUCCGUCCAAACAUGAGAAUAUAUCUCACUUGUUCAAAACUGUGCAAGAUGCUGUGCAAUUUGCAAAAAUGGCAGUACAAGACUUUGAAAGUGAACUUAAAAAAUUGAUACAUGAUGAAUCCUCUUUCUCCUCCGUUUCAGCAAAAUCUGCUAUGAUUUUAACCGAUUUGUUAGGAAAAUGUAGAGAAAAACUGGAUAUUUGCUUUCAUGAAUUAAGCAAACUUAAAAGUGCUGUAUAUUCUAAAGAAAAACUUUUAGAAAAUAUGGAGGAAGUCGUACGGAUUCAACGAAAUUCAUUGACAAUGAGCCAAGCAGAAGUAAAAGAUCUGCAUCAAAAGUUGCAAGAAAAGAUAGAUAAACAAAGCCUUACAAUCGCGCAAUAUGAGAGAGAGAAGAAUGAAUUGUUGAAGCAGAAUGAACUUCAAAUACAAACUAUCGGGCAUUUACAAAAUGCUGUUGUUGAAGCUAAACGAAAUUUAGAUCAAAUGGCUCAUAAAACAAUGAGUGAUCUUGGUAAGAAAGAUGAAACUAUACGGCAACUAAUGAUGCGCAUCGAUGAAACGCAAGAUCAAUAUAACGAAUGUUUCACAGAGGCAACUAAUCAAGACAUGCUGCUGGACUUGCAACGAGAUGCUAUUGAAAGUCUGCAUAAAAGGAUUCGUUGUGUGGAGUAUAAUAAACGUUUAAUCGCUAUUACGUUGCAUGCAAUAUAUUAUUCAAUUUUAAGCGAAAUACAGAAGCAAAUACGCGAUCAUGUAAAGAAUUUCCGAGAACUGAAAGGGAAGAUGGAUAAUUUUAUGCAGACGAAGGAUUGCUCCAAAAGUAAAUGCACAAACAGAUCGUGCGCAAUAUAUCUUGAAGACAAAAACUGCGAUACUCAAGAUUUGGAGUACUCGAAUAAUACUACAUAUGAAAUAUCGCAUAUGGAAAAACAUUCUGUUAAAGAAGCAGAAAUGAAGAAUAUCACUCAGAUACAAGAAUUAAAAGCAGAAUUACAAAAGGUGAAGCAUACAGAGUGCGAUUUAAGAUACGAAAAUCAGCAACUUCAAAUUAAUCUACAGCAUCACGUAUCAGAAACUGAAAAUCUAAUGAAGAAAAUAGAGCAAAAGGAAACUGAAUAUGAAGAACUUUUGUUGAAAUUAGAAAAUGGAAAAAAAGAGAUCAAUAUGUUAAACGAUCGAGUCAUGAAUAGCAAAGAAAUUAUUAAAAAUCAAUCUCAUGAAGUUGAAAAUCUUAGGAAAAAGUUACUCAUGAAUGAUCAACAAACGGAAAAUUUAUCUGAACUGAAUAUAUCGGAGCUAACUAUUCUAUGUGAUCGAAUAUAUUCUCUGAAAAUUUUACUUCAAGAGAAAUCGGAAAACAUGGUAAAAUUGCAAGCCGAUUAUGAAUUACUUAAGAAUGAAAAUUCUAUAUUAAAGAAUCAAAAUGACAUUAUACAAGCUCAAAUCAAAGAAGAUACUUUACAAUUGAAAGAAAGGCUGAAAGAGGCACGGGUAAAAUUGCGCCAGACAGAAGACAAUUGUCAUCAAAUGGCUGAAGAGCUCAAUAAAGUUCAAGAACAAUUAAUAUCUACAACAAAACGAGAAGCUGAUUUACAAGAAUCAUUAAUGAUUAUGGAAAAAGAUCAUCGUUCUAAGAUUGAAGAAGUAGAAAAUGAAGUAGUCCGUCUUCGUGAUUUAGUGGACAAACUAAGUGAGGAAUUGGAAGAGAUCAAAAAGAUAUUAGCAUUGAAAGAUAUCGAUCUUUGUCAAGCGCAAAAUAAAUGCAAGAAUUACGCUGAUCAUUUGGACAUUACGCGUCAAGAUCUUGAGAAAGAAAAAGAGGAAUUAACACAGGUCGAAAAUGUAAAUCGUGAUUUGAUUCAACAAUUGCAGGAAUACAUGAAAGAUAAUUAUCAUCUUGAUCAACAGAAAAUUUCACUUGAACGAGAUAAUUCUACAUACAUAACUGAGUUACAAGAUAUGCGCAAAUCUUUGCACGAGUUAAAAAAGGAAUGUCACUUGAAGGAUCAAUCUUUAACAAACAUGUCAGCUGAUUUAACUGAUACAGCAAUGAGUAGAGCAAAACUCUGCAAAGAAUCUCAAUAUAUAGUUUCAUGCAUCCGUAACUAUAUAGAGCAACAGAAAAAAUACAAUGAAACUCUGUCGAAAAAGUUGAAAAAUAAACAACAACUUAUAAUGCAGCUUGUAUUUGAAAAAAAAACUUUAUUAAUUAAAAUCCGGAAGAUGAAACGAAUUAAUUUAUUAGCGCAAAAACUGAAAAGAACGCAUAAGUUAGCUAGCAGAAGUUGUAGAAAAGUGCAUAUCAACGGUUAUAUAUCACCAUCAAUUGCGUACCAGACUACGGAUACUGAUUUAACUUCAAGUUUGAACUGUACAAAUUCACGAAAGAAAUAUUCAACGAAACCGAUCAAAAUUGGUCGAUGUACAUCAACAUGUGGCAAUUCAUGGUGGUUUCCCAAAAUGGAACAUUUAAUAAAUGAGGUUCGAAAAAAUAAUCGAUGGUGGAAUGAAAAUUUUAAAAAUGGAACGGAAUCUGACACUUCAUUGGAAGACAAUCGUGAUUACGGUUAUCAAUCCUCGUCUACAAGCAAAUGAAGAAGAUUCAUAGAAGAUUUAUUUUGAUAAAGACUGAAGAAAAAGUAUGAGAUAGAAAUUUGAAGUAUGAAU